GUUAGGGAAGGUUAUGAAACUAGGAACACAUAUGAACAUGCUGUUCUCCCUUUCUUUCAAUGGAAAUCUACUACAUGACUAGCUGUAGUUGUUUUUUAUAACAACUUAACGAUUAACGGUCACAAGUAGCAGUGGAUGUGGUGGGAGCUAAGCCUCCAACACAUGUGAUUGUUGUAAAAUUAAAACGCAGAGGUGCAAGCUGAAAUAUGGCUGGACUUGUAAACUUUAAAGAUGAGAAUGAAGUGAAGCAGUUUUUGGACAAUCUGGGCGUGGAGUACAGCUUCCAGUGCUACAAAGAGAAGGAUCCUGAAGGGUGCCAAAGGCUCGCGGACUACUUGGAAGGGGUGAAAAAAAACUAUGAGAAUGCAGCACAAGUGCUCAAACAUAACUGUGAAACACAUGGACAUGGAGAGAGCUGCUAUAAACUGGGCGCUUACCAUGUCACAGGAAAAGGUGGAGUGACCGAGUGUCUGAAAACAGCCUACUCCUGCUUUAUGCGCUCCUGCAACACCGGAGGAAAGAAGUCUGUAGAUGCCUGCCAUAACGUUGGUCUGUUAGCCCAUGAUGGACGAGCUAUGGACGGGGGACCUGACCUAACGGCUGCCCGGCAAUACUAUGAGAAGGCCUGUGCUGGUGGCUUUGCUCCGUCAUGCUUUAACCUCAGUGCUUUGUUCAUUGAGGGCAAUUCCAAAGGGCUGGCACCAGAUAUGACUCUAGCUUUGAAGUAUGCUAACAGGGCUUGUGAGCUGGGACAUGUAUGGGGCUGCGCAAAUGCAAGUCGCAUGUACAAACUGGGGGAUGGUACAGAGAAGAAUGAGAAGAAAGCAGAGGAGCUGAAGAAUCGAGCGAGGGAACUGCAUGGUUUAGAGAAAGAAAGGCAGCUCAAAUUUGCAGAGUGAAUGUGACACUCUAUCAUAUUAUCAUUGUUUUGAUUUUGAUGCACGUGUUAAGUCAGUUUGUUUGAGUGAACAAGUAUAUGUGUAUACAAACAAAACCUGGUCUUGGGGUUCAAAGGUCAGAGAUGAUCUGUUGUUUAAAAGCAGAAUGGUGAAAUGGAUGUGUGCAAC